GCUGUGACUGGUUUCCAGAGAAUCUUGUCUGCAUUAACUCUUGCAAUGUUUCCCACCCUUUAUUUUUUUACAUUCCUUUAUUAUACGGACCCAGGAUCAGUAUUUUUUACUCUCUUUGCCUACUUGAUGUGCCUUUAUGGUAACCAUAAAACAUCAGCUCUCCUUGGAUUUUGUGGCUUCAUGUUUCGUCAGACGAAUAUUGUGUGGACAGUGUUUUGUGCUGGAAAUGUUGUGGCAGAGAAGCUAAAUGAAGCCUGGAAGACAGAGCUGCAGAAAAAGAAAGAUGAAAAGAUUUCUUCUAGGAAAGGAUCAUUUUCAGAUUUGAUCAGAAUAUUUCAGUUUCUUAUUGAAUAUCUCCUGUCCCCUAAGAACUUAGUUACACUUACUGCUUUAACUUGGCCAUACAUCAUAUUAGUAACUAUAUUCUUUGGUUUUGUCUUCACCAAUGGUGGGAUAGUUGUUGGUGACAGAAGUAGCCACGAAGCCUGUUUUCACUUCCCUCAGCUGUUCUAUUUUCUGUCCUUUACUGCCUUUUUUUCAUUCCCUUAUUUAUUGACCCCUACUAAAAUCAGGAGAUUCCUUCUGUCAUUACAAAAGCACCCCAUGCACUACAGCUUACUCGCCAUCAUCUCUUUAUUCCUGGUCUGGAAAUUUACCUAUGUUCAUAAGUAUUUACUAGCAGAUAACAGACACUAUACAUUCUACGUCUGGAGAAAAGUCUUUCAAAGACAUGAGCUUGUAAAAUAUUUAUUAGUUCCAGUCUAUAUAUUUGCUGGCUGGAGUUUUACUGAUACACUAAAAUCAAAAUCGAUAUUCUGGAUCUUAAUGUAUUUUGUAUGUCUGCUAGCAGUCACAGUUCCUCAAAAACUGCUAGAAUUUCGUUACUUUAUUUUGCCAUUCUUAAUAUAUAGGCUCAAUAUUCCAUUUCCAUCUCUAUAUAGACAACUUCUGGAGCUGGCUUUUUAUAUUGUUGUGAAUGUAGUGACUUUUAAUCUUUUUCUAAACAGAACAUUUCAAUGGCCAAAUAGUGAUGAAAUCCAGAGGUUUAUGUGGUGA